CCUGUUCUCAGUCAAGCUGAAGUGAAAACGAGACCAACGUCUAGCUCUACUGUUGGUACUUAUGAGAUCCAGUCCUGGCAACAUGGAGAGGAUAGUCAUCUGUCUGAUGGUCAUCUUCUUGGGGACACUGGUCCACAAAUCAAGCUCCCAAGGUCAAGAUCGCCACAUGAUUAGAAUGCGUCAACUUAUAGAUAUUGUUGAUCAGCUGAAAAAUUAUGUGAAUGACUUGGACCCAGAAUUUCUGCCAGCUCCAGAAGAUGUAGAGACAAACUGUGAGUGGUCAGCUUUUUCCUGUUUUCAGAAGGCCCAACUAAAGUCAGCAAAUACAGGAAACAAUGAAAGGAUAAUCAAUUUAUCAAUUAAAAAGCUGAAGAGGAAAUCACCUUCCACAGGUGCAGAGAGAAGACAGAAACACAGACUAACAUGCCCUUCAUGUGAUUCUUAUGAGAAAAAACCACCCAAAGAAUUCCUAGAAAGAUUCAAAUCACUUCUCCAAAAGAUGAUUCAUCAGCAUCUGUCCUCUAGAACACAUGGAAGUGAAGAUUCCUGAGGAUCUAACUUGCAGCUGGACACUAUGUUACAUACUCUAAUAUAGUAGUGAAACUCAUUUCUUUGUAUUCCAAGUGGAGGAGUACAAUACAUUAGGGAUGGGAAAAAAAACUCAUAAGUGUGCAAAAGUCAGGAUUAUUUCCCCAUAAUCACUAUGCAAUAGUCUGAUUUCCUAUGUUAUUGAUUUCUAUGACUUCUGAAGUUUUUACUUUAUUUCACUGCUCAACUUUGACAUUUCUUGGUUGAAGGAGAAGGUUAAAAUUUUUAACCAAAAAUAUAGUUUUGACAUUUAUUGAUUUUAUAUUAACCUUGAGCUUGAUUACCACCAGAAUGAGGUCUAUUAUGAUCAUAACUUAAAACAUAUAUACCUUCAUUACAGCUGAAAAUAUAGAAGCAUAGAAGCAAAACAUACAAAAGCAAAAUGAAAAGCUGACAUUUUUAUUCUUUUAAGGAAAUGAAAACUGAAUGUUUAAAAACUUAUAUCUGAAUAUUUUUUUAAAUCUCAGAAUGUCUAACAUAUAAAUAUGUACUUUAUUUAUGCACUGGGGGAUACCAGAUGGCUAUAAAAGUCUUACUUCUUUAUUGGGGUUUAUAAAAAUAUUUAAAUACUAUAGAUAUGAAUGUAUUUAUGGAAUAGACUCUUAGUCAGUGGCAAUAGAGUAUUAAGAAGUGGAUUUAAUAUUACCUUCCUCCAGUCCCCAGUCCCCUUAUAAGCUAACAUUUUAAGCUUGUGGAAAUGGCAAUUUAAACCUAUAGAGGGACAUAUACCAGGUUGUCUUCUGGAACAAACAUCGUUUUAAAAGUAUUGUAGCUCUCUUCUCACACAGUUAUAAUGAUCAUAUUAUGAGCGAGCUAAUAACGCCAAAUAUUUGUCUCCUUCUUUCUUCCUUCUUUUCUUCCUUCUUUUUAAAAUGAAUCUUCUGCUUUGACA